AUGACGUUCCAAUCUCUCUCUGCAUAUACUACAAUCAUUCUCCUCCUUAUCAUCUCCAUAUACCUUAUCCGCCAUUUCUGGCUAGGCUUAGGGCUCAAAGUUGCGAAGAAGCCUGAUCUAGCCCUCGCAAGUCAUCCACCAAAGCCCUCCAUGAUUAGCAAAAGCCUCGCAUCGGCACUGCCCGACAGUGUCAUAUUCCCGCGCGGUGCCGCUAGCUUCGAGCAAUCUAUGAACUCCUACUGGGCUCAGCAGGAGUGCGAAGUGAUCCCAGCAUGCGUCGUCCGACCCCGCACCGUUCAGGAGCUUUCUACAGCCGUCACUCUCCUUAAGCGAGAGUACGCGGAGUCUAGUAACAAUUCUGGCGACAAACUAGCUAUCAAGGGAGGUGUUGUGAUCGAUCUCAGUCUUUUUUGUGAGGUGACUCCGUCGGAGGACGGGUCGAGCGUGAUCAUCGGUGGCGGAGCCAAAUGGAUGAAUGUUUCCAAGGUCUUGGACGAGAGAGGUCUUGCUGUUGCUGGUGGUAGGAAUUCUGCAGUUGGGGUGGGUGGCUUGACUCUAGGAGGCGGUGUAUCUUUCUUCUCUCCUCGCAUCGGUCUUGUCUGCUCCAACAUUAUUAGCUACGAAGUUGUCCUCGCAUCCGGCUCUGUCACCACAGCCUCAGCAUCAGAAAAUCCCGAUCUCUGGCGCGCCCUCAAAGGCGGCUCCAACAACUUUGGUAUCGUUACCCGAUUUACAGCCCGUGGCUCCCCGUCCACCAGAAUCUGGAGCGGCUUCCUUUACAUGCCCUCGUUCCAAUCCAGUAAAGUUCUAGCGGACUUCCACGAAAGCGUGGAGAGAGCGAGUUUGGGUGAUGCCAGUACCAAGCCCGACAAUCAUGCCACCGGUCCUCUUGCCUGUUUUUCCUACAUACAGGCGCUCGGGUUGAAGAUCGUCUCCGUGAAUCUUGUCUUUGCCACUACCACCAUCACAAACGAUCCUGCUAAUAUCGCCGCCGCUCAUGCCGCCUAUUGUGAUGCCAUUUCCCCCCUCCGCCGUGUCAAGGCUCAGGGCUUAGUAUGGACCCUCGUGCUGCAACCGUUUCUCCAGGAGUGGGUGCGCUUGGGCUACGCGAAUCCCAUGGGCCUGGAAGACAGCAAUGACCCUCUUGUGAUCGUGAGCUUCACCGUCAACUGGGACGAAAGCCGCAAUGACGAGUUCGUAAAGGCGACGACGCGUCACACCAUCGAGCAGAUCGAGGCCGCUGCAGCUGCUAACGGAACGGGCCAUCGAUUCCGGUAUCUCAAUUAUUGCGCAGAGUGGCAGAAGCCGUUCGAGGGCUAUGGUAAGGAAAAUUGGGAGUUCCUGCAGGAGGUGAGUCGGAGGUACGAUCCGGAGGGUUUGUCCCAAAGGGGGUGUGUAGGUGGUUUCAAGCUCGAUCUAGUAGAUAGUGAGCCUUGA